GGCAGCGGUGAAAAGACUAAUUAGACAGGCUAGAUGCCUGGCGGGGCUUCGCCUUGUUCCCUGACAAAGAGGCUGGGUUUUAGCAUCUUUCCGUCUAACCAAUAGGCUUGUAGUGGGAAACAGUUAUCGCUAGACUGUGCUGUUACACCUGCAGAGCUUGCAGUCUGGCUGUCUCCACACAUCGACCCAUCUUCUCAAAUAGGAAGCAAAGCGAAGAAGGAUUUCUACUUACUGGCAUCAUUAUUUCAUGCACUCUGUGCUUGGCUUGGAAGUUGACGCCUCUUGCUCCCUGAGCAUUUGCCAUUAGUAUCAUCUGAUCUUACAAGUGAAGUAAGGACUCUAAUCAUCAGAUAAUUUGCGUGAUUCAGCAGGUCUCUACAAUACAAUGCCAAAGACUGCUUUAGAAGAACUGCUGGCUAUUUUACCUGCAGCUGACCGUGGACAUACUGAUUAUUGUCAGGGAGUACUAUCAGUGAUUUAAUAGUCACAGUUUUCAUGGAGUGAUCAGCCAGAGGCUAACAAGCAGACUGAUGAAUUAUGUAUCCUGAGGCAGGAAAAUCAAUGUUCAAUGCUGACAUAUGCCUGAACUCUUAUCAACAAGCUAAAAAUAAAGAGGCCGUAUACCCAUAAAUUAUUAACUCAAUGCAAGUGACAGGUAUCUGCCACUCAUCUCAGGAGUAAACAGGAAGGCUAACACAUUUUCUGGACUAUGAUUCUAAGAUACGCACAUGGAUUAUUCGGCAGAACGUGGCACAGAACGUGGACCUUCCUGCUCUGGAUGACAGUGUUGUCAGCACUUCAGUCACAAGCUGACUUUGAAGAAACAAGGAGUGCACACUAUGUCUGGAAAACUGGUCCAUGGAGGCUUUGCAAAGGAGAAGAAUGUGGCUCAGGUGGGGUGCAAAGCAGAACUGUAUGGUGCAUACAUACCGAGGGCUGGACAGCACACCAUUCUAAUUGUAACCCAGAAGACAGGCCCCUGGAGAACAGAGACUGUUUUAAAGUAUGUGACUGGCACCAUAAACUCUUUGAGUGGCAAACCUCAGAGUGGGAAAACUGUGUGCUUGCUCCUUCUGCAUUUAAUAAUGGCAAGCCAAGAACUUUUGAAUGUGUGACUGCACAACAUGGACUACAGCACAGAAAGGUUCACUGUGUACAAACUUUAAACAAGACAGUUGUUGCUGAUGAAAUUUGUGAAUUCUUUACAGCAAGACCUGUCACAGAACAAGCAUGCUUGAUCCCAUGUCCCCACGACUGUGUUGUUUCAGAGUUUUCAGAAUGGUCCAUCUGCAGUAAAAGUUGUAGUAAAGGAUUACAAUACAGAACUCGUGCUGUUGUAGCUCCUCCUCUAUAUGGUGGUUCGGACUGCCCAAACUUUAGUGAAACCAGGUUUUGCAAUAGCCACAUUUCCUGCCCUGUCAUGGAUGACACAUACAAGUACAGCCUUAAAGUUGGACCUUGGAGUGAAUGCAGAUUACCUCAUGACAAAGAUGUUAAAUUAAGUGGCAGGACUAUGUUGGAUUUUAGCACAAACUCUGCUGAAAGAAGCCUUUUCAAAUACAACAGCCAUCAUUCAAAACCAUGGAAUGUAGACAUUGGAUACCAGACAAGGAAAAUUAGAUGCGUUAGAAAUGAUGGAAAAAACACUUUGCUAAGCCUGUGUGUGCAAGACAGUGUUCCUGUGAUAUUUCAGUCAUGUGUUAUGCCUCAAGAUUGUGACCUUUCCGACUGGACAGCAUGGAGCACAUGUUCAAAGACCUGCCAUUCAGGCGACUUGUCUCUUGGAAUCAGAAGCAGAACAAGGAGCAUAAAGCACAUUGCCAUUGGUGGUGGAAAAGAGUGUCCAGAACUAGAAGAAAAAGAAGCUUGUAACCUUGGAGGUGAAUUCUUGCCCCCAUGCCCAAGGUAUACAUGGAAGGUCAGUGAGUGGAAAUCUUGUCAGGUAAUGCCUCUCCUUGGUCAGCAAGAUCGACGAUGGAGUAAUCAAAGUAUUCUGUGUGGAGGCGGCAUACAAAUGAGACAUGUAUACUGUGCUCAUACCUUGAGUGAAACAGAAACGAAUAAACUACGAGAAGCUUUUAGACCAGUUGAACGAAGCUUCUGUACAGGACCCAUGCCUCCUAGCUUCCAGAUAUGCACAAUUCCGUGUCCCACUGAGUGUCUAGUCUCAGCAUGGGCUGCAUGGGGACCGUGUGUCCAUGAGAACUGCCAGGACCCCCAGGGAAGGAGAGGCUUUAAAAUGAGAACACGCCAAGUUGUGAUAGAACCUUCAGGAACAGCAGACCAAUGCCCUCACCUGAUUGAGUCUAUACCUUGUGAGGAUCCAGUUUGCUAUCGGUGGCAUAUUUUGGAGAAAGGCCCUUGUGAACGCAAUAGUGCAGAAUGUGGACGAGGUUCACGAUUCCAGAAAGGUGUAUGUCGUGAUGAAAGAGGUGUAGCAGUCUCCAGUGCGCACUGCUCAGCAGACAUUCCCCCAGAACAUAUAUCAUGUGAUAUACCCUGUCCAAUGGAUUGUGUCCUUAGUGAGUGGUCUGAGUGGUCUGUCUGCUCACAUUCGUGUUCAAGCAGAAAUGUGGAGGGAAAGCAAACAAGAACCAGAUGGAUACUUGCACCGCAUGGAGAAGGUGGAAAACCAUGUCCUUUUAGUCAGUAUCUGCAGGAAUGGCAGCUCUGCAAUAAUCAUCCAUGCACAGUAUAUUACUGGGAAACAACUCCUUGGAGUCCAUGCAUUCUGGACACUUCAGUUAACACACUUAAUGCCACCAUGAACUGGAAUGGAGACUCUGCUUGUGCUGUUGGAAUUCAGACUCGGAAGGUUAUCUGCAAGAAGCUGAGUACUGGACAAGUUACUACCAAAAGAUGUCCAGAUUCCACCAGACCUGAAAUAGUACGACCAUGUCUGUUAUCUUGCAAGAAGGAUUGCAUUGUGACCCCAUUUAGUGAGUGGACUCCAUGCCCCACUAGCUGUUAUAAAGAAAACGUAACAUCAGUGAAGCAGUCACGCUAUAGAAUUAUUAAUCAAUACCCUGCCCUAGGUGGACAGGAAUGCCCAGAUACCCUUUAUGAAGAAAGAGAAUGUGAAAAUGUGGCCAUCUGUCCAACAUACAGUUGGAAGAGUCAGAAGUGGCAGCAAUGUACCCUUGUUCCAGAAUCCGUCAGACAAGGAUCGGUAGGUGUCAGUGAAGCAUGUGGCUAUGGCUUACAAUCAAGAGAUAUUACUUGCCAUGCUGAUGAUGACCAACCUGCUGAUCUUAAUGAGUGCUUGAAGUGGGCAGGGACAAUGCCCCCACUAGUACAGGAGUGCCACAUUCCAUGCAAAGAUGACUGCACAUUUAGUCUUUGGUCUAAAUUUUCACUAUGCACCUCUGACUGUGGGGCAACACGAAGUCGAAGAAGAUUUCCAACAGGACGAAGUAAAAAGAGGGAAAAAUGUCAGAACACAGAACUCUAUCCACAGAUCGAAAAUGAUACCUGUCCAUGCACAAAAUAUAUGUCUCUGCCUUAUGGAAACUGGUCAGACUGCAUUCUGUCUGAUGAAAGAACAGAACUUCAACUAGGAUCCACACUACCAGCUGACAUAAGAGACUGUGGACAAGGACUGAGGUUCAAAGCUGUGGCUUGUUAUGAUCAAACUGGCAAAUUGGUGGGUCAUUCCUUUUGUAGCAGUAAUGGUUACAUUGCAGAGAUAUGCACAAAGCCUUGUCCAUUUGAUUGCAAACUAAGUGACUGGUCAAGCUGGUCUGGAUGCAGUGUAUCUUGUGGAAGUGGAGUUAAGAUAAGAUCUAGAUGGCUUAGAGAGAAACCCUACAAUGGAGGUCGGAGAUGUCCAAAGUUGGAUCUUAAAAAUCAGGUUUAUGAGGCAGUCCCUUGUUACAGUGAAUGUAGUCAGUAUACAUGGAAACCAGACUCAUGGUCUUCUUGUAAAGUCAACAGCGAAGAUAAUUCUGUAUUCUGUGGAACAGGAACGCAAUCCAGGAAAGUGCAAUGCAUAAACAGCACUAGUGAUGGCCUGGAAGAACCUGCAGAUGACUCACUUUGUGAUAUAGAGGCCAUGCCUGUUGAAACUCAGAAAUGCAUCUUUCCCUGUCCAAACAAAUGUGUGAUGUCGGAGUGGAGUCAGUGGAGCAAAUGUCCACAGAAGUGCAACAGCAACAGUGUUCGAAAACGGACACGGCAUCCUUUAAGAUUUUCCCAAAGUGGCAAUUCUUGUCCUGCUGACUCCCAAGAAGAACCUUGCAUCCUCAACAAGAACUGUUUUCACUUUCACUACAAUCUCACAGACUGGAGCACCUGUCAGCUGAGUGAAAAUGCAGUUUGUGGUCAGGGAAUAAGGACCCGUCUCCUGGAGUGUGUGCGCAGUGAUGGAAAAUCAGUCAACAUGGCAUUCUGUGAACAGCUCAAUUUGGAGAAGUCAUGGCGAAUGAACAUUCAUUGCCUUGUUGAGUGUCCCAUUGAUUGCCAUCUCACAGAAUGGUCCGCAUGGUCAGAGUGCUCACAGUCCUGUGGGCUUGGAGGUCACAUGACACACUCUAGGCACGUUGUCUUAGAAGCUCAAGGGGAAGGAAGACCUUGUCCUUUACAGAAUACUCAGUACAAACCAUGCCCUAUAAAGCCAUGUUACAGCUGGGUACUAGGGAAGUGGUCUUCCUGUACAGUGGAGGGAGGACAAUGCGGGGAAGGAUCCAGAGUGAGAAACCUUUCAUGUUUUGCACAUGAUGGAACAUUCUCUGAUGCAGCAAAACUUGUGGAUGAUAGCUUCUGUGAAAAUAAGGCAUCCAGCAGUAAAGAUCAAGACCUGCGGCAGGCGUGUUUUGUACCAUGUCCAGGUGACUGUCAUCUAACCGAAUGGUCCUCUUGGAGUUCUUGUCAUCUGACAUGCAUCGAUCAGAGAAGCUUUGAAUCCACAGGUCGACAGUCAAGAUCCAAGGCAGUAAUCAUGCAAUCCCUUGAAAAUCAAAGUGAUUGCCCUGAACAAAUUUUUGAAACAAGACCAUGCAGUGGAAGUUGUUCUUUUCAGACUCAGCCAUCAGCUACCAGACACUGUAAUCCAUCUUGCACCAAACCCUUCUCCUAUUGUACUCAGAAUGGGGUUUGUGGCUGUGAAAGUGGUUACACUGAAGUUAUGACAUCAAAUGGAUUUCUUGACUACUGUUCCAAAUUACCAGGCCCAGAAGAGAAGAAGGGUGAUGUGAAGAAAGUUGUUGAGAAAAGUAAGCCAGACAAUUCUAAGCUGCAUGACUUCUUUAGAGGAUGGUCUAUUCAACCAUUUGCAGCAGAUGGAGGUCUCAAAGGUUGGGUCUAUGGAGUAUCCAUUGGUGGAUUUGCCAUCAUUAUUAUCGUUAUAAUAGGGAUGUCAUAUCUAGCUUGUAAAAACCCAAAAGAAGAGGAAAUUCCUGCUCCGCAACAGAAGCCUCUUGCGUUAGCAUAUGAUGGAGAUGUUGAUAUGUGAACAGAAACUGGCUGACCUUAAAAUAAGGACAUCUGCUGCCUUAACUUUUUUAUGAAAAUCCCGUUGCAGUCUUCUCACUGCAAUACAGUAGCAAGAUAUUUUGGUUAGCAUUUGCAUCAAGUACAGAGGAGAGUUAAAGAUGAGCAUCUGGCCAGGAAAUCAAGUGUUUGUACUACAAAAUGCCAUGGAUAUCAGAAACUGUAAUGUCAGAAGCACAACGACAAUCCAAAGGAUGGAGGCUCGAUUCAAAACAAAGGGCAGUAUCUCACAAAAAAGAAACUACAAAUUAACUGAAAUCAAUUUACUGAAAAUAACCUUUUCAUUCUAUGCACUAUAUUAGUGCAAUUCUGAGUAAUUUUCAGAUUUUAUCAGUGAGUUUUCUAACAAUUUCUUUGUCUGUAAAAGAGUUUUGAUGCAAAACUACAUGUGAUGAAAGGCAUCAAAGAAAAAUGAUACAGUUAAUUUGUGCUGUGUGGUUCAAAUGCUGAUUUGAAGUCUUAUUUCUCUUAAUAAAGUCAGUUUUAUUACCAUU